UUUAAAAUUUUUAGAAGGUAGCGAUGGCUUUUGAGACAUUUCGCAAUAAAAGCUUCAGACGGCGCAGCAUUUCGUCUCCUUUCCCGAUAAGCUCAGUGAUUACGGGAGUGGCAACGCCUAGGGCAUCGAAAUCCGAGCCUCUCCCUUCCUUUCUCUCUCAAUUAACUAAACUGCGCUUUUUCUACCUGCUUCCCUCCUUCUUCUUCCUCCCUCGCCAAACCCUAACCCAAGAUUCCCUUUUUCUCACUCACUUUUCCUCCUGCUCUCCCCUAACUGAUAAGGGCGGACCAUCAAGACUAAAGCACGUGCUGUUGAUUACUGGGAGGUGCAGAGUCCGAAUUUUCCGCUAAAAGAUCAGCUGGAUCCGCAAAAUCGAGCUGCCUCUGUGCACUUCUGUAGUGAGGCAUCUGCCUUCUGCCCGCUUGCAGGUGGCAGCAAUUACAGGAAGCGGAGGGUUAAAGUGCUUAAACCAAGGGUACUUAUUGAAACAGCUAAGCUCUCCUCCUUAUCGAUGAUGUUUGUGAUAGAGCUGCAGAAAGUUAAAGCUGCGAGCUGACAUCGUCGGCCAUGGAUGUGGCAGCUUUCAAAAGUCUCUUCUUUUUUUGUUUUUCAACUGCCCCAUUCUUCUUCCCUUUUUAUCUCCACACCCACUCAGCAAAGGAAUAACGCCAUCACCAUACAUCCUCAUUUCACCAGCAUCUCCCUCUCUAUCUCUCCCUUCUUCCCCUUCAUAUAGUCACAGGAACAGUAGGGGAGAGGUUUUAAGUGUAACUAAAAAGGAAUGAGCUUGGGUUAGAGAUGGAGGUGAAACGCCAACCCAGCAAGCGAUCCCGUUUAAGCAACGCAGACAAGGGCGACGAAAAAGCGCGUACAAUGAUCUUAUCUCAUCCAUCGGCCCGAAUCUUUAGAGUUUCUCGAGCUUCCGGCGGCAAAGACCGCCAUAGCAAGGUGUUCACCUCCAAAGGGCUCCGUGAUCGGCGAGUUCGCCUCUCUGUUUCAACCGCAAUAGAGUUCUACGACCUUCAAGACCGACUAGGUUUCGACCAGCCCAGCAAGGCUAUUGAGUGGCUUAUCAAGGCCGCUUCCUCCGCCAUUGCUGAACUCCCUUCUCUUGUUUCUUCCUUCCCCGAACUCGCAGGUGGUAGGAUGAAUGCUGAGACUGGUAAGAUGAUCGCCGAGGCGGAGCCUGGUUGUAGCAGCACCUCAGAGACAAGCAAGGGUUCAGUACUAUCCCUCUCUCGCUCAGAAAUACGCAUUAAGGCGAGGGAACGAGCUCGCCUUCGUACUGCAAAGGAUAAGGAAGAGAAGGAAGAAGAUGACGGAGAUCAUCUUGAUGCCACUGAACAACAUCCUCAGAAUAUGAAUCAGAGCUCCUUCACCCAACUCCUAAUUGCAGGUUCAUCGAGCGAAAGAACCCAAAUUCAGGAAAUAUUGCGACCAUCUACUGUCACCGCCGACUACUUUGGCCAAGCCGGCUUCUUUGCUCGAACUCAACUACCAUCUUCGUUCUGUUCCACUAAAGGUCAAAUUUUUGGCAGCUAUUCUCCAGUUGGAAUGAUGCCUUACAAUAUCGCUGCAGCCACAGGAGAUAACUCGGAUAUGCAACAGUUCUCUUUUAUAAACGAGCACAUGGAUUACAACCUCAACUUUCCCGGUUUCCACAGGGGGACCCUUCAGUCCAAUCCAUCACUUCACUCGCCAUUUUCUCCCUCUUCUUCUUCCAUGGAUGUGCAAAACGUGCCUUUCUUCUUCGGUGCAGCGGCUCCAUCGACGGAAGCUCAUUUUUAUUCUAUAUGCGACGGUCGGCUACAGCUCAGCAAGGAGCCCAUAACACCGUUCUGCCUUGAUGGUUACAGGCCCCCGGACCUUAAAGGAAAGAGAAAUAGCUGAUUUUGAAGACAUGGCAGUCAUGGACCUUUCAAGUAAUUGCUCUCUUUGCUGGGUUGUAAAUGAAGCAAUGCACUGGAUGGUCAACUCAAAUUCAGCUCAAUUAAUUACUCAAAGCUAGGCACUCCUAGAACAUUCAUCUGGAAUCAAAGCAAUUUAAACCUCAGUGCUCGGAAGAGAUGCAACUACGCCUCCGUAUGUUUAAUUUAAAUCUUGGCACACCUAGAACAACUUCAGAUAGAGUGAGUGGAAAGGCAAUGCUCGGCAGUGAUGCUCUAAACACAAGAAGAGGUUUCUGAUUAAAAUUUAAGUCUCCAACUUCUAUAUGAGAAUGCAUUCUUGACAAUGCAAGAGCAAGACAGAAUGAGCGUGCAACAAGUUCUGUUUAGAGUUAUGAGGCUUGCUCUUCUGCAAUUGAGGGAGGAAGAGUGUUUGUGAGUUCCAGACUUGUAGAGAAGAAUUCUGAGUGUGUUGUAUUAUGUACAUUUCUCUACAUUUCAUAGUGAAUUUUUUUGUGCUACAGAUUCCAUGAUU